AUGGGCAUCAUUGUGGCAGGCCAUAUUGUGGAGGAAACUACUGGAAUGACAUGGGAGGCUGCAUUGGCGUCAUUGCUGUUUGAGCCUUUAGGCAUUCAGUUGACAGCAGACCCAAUAUCCAAAAUGACGGGAGCCCCCAACAACAGCAGAGAUGCGUGGGGACACUCGAAAUGCUUGAAUUUCCUGAUACCCUGCGACCCGGCAUUUCCCUUUUUUGAAUGUGACAAUCCAACUGUUUAUGGCCCUGCUGGAACAUUCUCGGGCCCUCAUGCCGCCAUGGCCCGAUACCUGGCGUUUCAUGUGGCAUGCCACCGGGGAGAUCACGAUGGGCUACUACUCUCGCAGGAAUCUUGUCAAACUCUUCAUUCUCCUGCAAAUGCUUCCAUUACCACUGGCUUUGGCGUGUAUGGAUAUGGAUGGUUUUGUAUUGAGGAGGGUAGGGUGUGCUAUCAUGAUAGCUCCAAUGUAUUGAAUCUGUAUGAAGCCUGGUUGGUGUUUGACAAGAACAGGGCUUAUGCGGCUAUGACCAAUCAACCCCCCACCCCAGAGGCAUAUGAUGCUGUGAACCACACGAUCACAACAAUGAUUGAGCUACCAGAAGAUCAAGAAGAUUGUUCUGCGCGCAUCCCUUCUUCUGUUUACAUUGACCACUAG